AGGCGGAGCUGCGUGUUUGAAAGUGGCGGGCAGGAACAACUUUUCAUAGAUUUUGGUUUAAACGUACAACUAAAGGACUAAAGUCAAUUUAGCUGUAAUAUUAAGUGUUUUUAAACAGUAAACGGCCUCAUUAUCGUGUCUUAUGUGGCAGUUCUCCGCUGUCAAAGUGAGCUACCGAAUGCAGUUUUCGUCCUAAUCCUUAGUUGAAACUUGAAAAGCUGUUGAUUGGAAUUUUGCGCCAUGACAAAUGAAGAUGCUAAGGUGAUCCCGGUGCGUGUUGCCUUGAGAUGUCGCCCGUUGGUGCCCAAAGAAAUCAACGAGGGAUGUCAGUCCUGUCUCACUUUUGUUCCUAAUGAGCCACAGGUGAUUGUUGGCACAGAGAAAGCAUUUACUUAUGAUUAUGUGUUUGAUCCCACUUCUGAACAAGAAGAAGUGUUCAGCACUGCUAUCUCGCCUUUACUGAAUGGAAUUUUCAAAGGUUACCAUGCCACUGUUUUGGCAUAUGGACAGACAGGGUCAGGAAAAACCUACUCAAUGGGAGGAACAUACACAUCAGCUCAGGAAAAUGACCCUUCAGUUGGAGUUAUUCCCAGGGUCAUCAGGAGGAUCUUUGAGGAGAAGGAGAAGAGAGCUGACUCUGAGUUCUGUCUGGCUGUAUCUUAUCUGGAGAUAUAUAACGAAGACAUUUUAGAUUUGCUGUCUUCUUCUAAAGAUAAACCUGCCAUUAGCAUUCGGGAGGACCCUAAAGAAGGCAUUAAGAUUGUUGGGUUGACUGAGAGGCAGGUGGUUUCUGCCCCGGAGAUGGUGGGUUGUCUGGAACUUGGGAACUCUGCGCGUACCGUGGGGUCCACAGCGAUGAAUGCAGCCUCUUCACGUUCCCAUGCCAUUUUCACGAUCACUCUGGAGCAGCGCAGAGGAUCCGACAAAGUGGAUUCAGUUGUUUCAAAGCUGCACCUUGUGGAUCUGGCUGGUUCAGAGAGACAAAAGAAAACCAAAGCUGAGGGAGACCGUUUAAAAGAAGGAAUCAGCAUCAACCGUGGACUCUUGUGUCUGGGUAAUGUGAUCAGUGCUUUGGGCGAUGAAAGCAAGAAAAACGCCUUUGUUCCUUACAGAGACUCCAAACUCACCCGUCUGCUUCAGGAUUCUCUUGGAGGAAACAGUCACACUCUGAUGAUCGCGUGCGUCAGUCCUGCAGACUCUAACAUGGAGGAAAGCAUCAACACGCUGCGAUACGCUGACAGAGCUCGCAAGAUUAAAAACAAACCCAUCGUUAAUGUCGACCCCAGAGCCGCAGAAAUGAACCGACUCAAACAGCAGGUUCAAGAGCUGCAGGUGAUGCUUCUGCACGCUCGAGGAGGAGUAGCUCCUAUGCUGUCUGGGACUAGUUCAGCUGAGGAUGUGGGCAAACUGUUGGAAAAGAACCGCUCUCUGCAAGACGAAAACAGCAAGCUGUGCAGAGAGCUGAGCGAGGCAACGGGACAGACGGCCCUCAUGUUUGAGAAGAUCAUUAUGACAGAACAAGCAAAUGAGAAACUGCAAAGCAAACUGGAGCAACUUCAGCACCAUGCAGCAUGUACGAUCGAUCUUCAGAAAGUGAUGCAGACACUGGAGGACCAAGAGUUAAAGGAGAACGUGGAGGUGAUGAAGAACCUACAAGAAGUCAUCUUGGAGCUCAAGAAUGAGAGCGCCGGUAUCUCUGCCUCCAUCGACGCCAUGUCUGCGAAAGAGGAAGUAUUUGAGGCAGCAAUGAGUGGCAGUAAAAAUCCACCUGAGCAGUCCUCAUCAGAUUCUCCAGAGGCUUUUACAGCCAAUCAUGCUCUGAGGCAAGCCCAGCUUUCCAAAGAGCUCAUAGAGCUGAACAAGGUGUUGAGUUUGAAGGAAGCUUUUGUGAGGAAAAUGUGCGAGAACGACAGCCAGCUGGAGCCCAUGCAGUCAGAGCACCAGAAAAAUGUCCAAACACUGCAGGCGGCAGUGGAUUCUCUGCAAACGGAGAAAGAAGAACUGGUUUUAGCUCUUCAAUCAGCGAAGAAAGACACCAACCAGGCCAAGCUCAGUGAGCAGCGGAGGAAGAGACUACAGGAACUCGAAGCUCAGCUUGUAGAAAUGAAGAAGAAACUUCUUGAUCAGUCGAAACUGUUGAAACUCAAGGAGUCCUCUGUUCAGAAAGUCGGCAAGCUUAUGCAGGAGAUACAGGCUAUGAAGACGCAGCGAACGCAGCUAAUGAAGCAGAUGAGGGAGGAUGCUGACAAAUACAGACAGUGGAAGAACAAGAAGGACAGGGAGGUCCUGCAGCUGAAGGAAAAGGACCGCAAACGGCAGUAUGAGUUGCUUAAACUGGAGAGAGACUUCCAGAAACAAGCCAAUGUCCUGCGGCGCAAAACUGAAGAGGCAGCAGCUGCUAACAAAAGACUCAAAGAUGCCCUGCAGAAGAGAAGUGAAGCUACAGAGAAGCGCAAUAAUGCCCAGAGCAGAGGCAUGGAGGGCGCUGCUGCACGGGUUAAGACGUGGCUGCUCAAUGAGAUGGAGGUGAUGGUGAGCACAGAGGAGGCCCGCCGCCACCUCAGUGAUCUGUUGGACGACAGGAAGGUGCUGGCUCAGGAGAUCAACAACCUCAAACAACAGAUAGAAGCUGGAGAAAGACCUGCUCCUAAAAUCAGACGUCGGACGCUGAUCAUUUCUGAGCUGGAGAGCCAGGGGGUGCUGGACACCCCUCUGUCCAAACAGGUGGAGAACCUGCAGACAGAAAUGGGCCUCAGAAACGCCCAGAUAGCCGACCUGCAGCAGAAAGUACUCGUUGCUGACGGCGAGGGACGUUUGAAACAACGAAUCGACAGCCUCACGAGCAUAGUGGAUGCCAAGAGUGCAGUACGGGUUCUAAUGGCUGAGUUGGUAUCGGCUAAAACUGCCUGCUCCAAGCUGGAGAGUGAGCUGAAACAGGAGAAAGGAAACGCCCAAGAUUUAAGGAAGAUGAUGGCUGACGAGAGGAACGUGAUGUCAACCAUGGACAUGGAGCACCAGCAGCAGCUGGUGGAGCUGGAGCAGCGGCACCAAGAGAAGGUUCUUUACCUCCUUAACCAGCUGCAGAACAAACCUUUAGGUGAGGAAUCAGAAGAAACGGAGCAGAAUAAGGGGACGAGCUCAAAAGAGAGAGAGCUUCUCCAGCGCCUCAAAGUCCAGGAGGAAGAGCUUGAAAAACUCCGGGCGUUAAGUGAACAGAACCAGAAACUGGUGGAGCAGAAUGAGCAAUACGGACAGAAACUCUCUUUGCUCCAACUGGCAAGUGAGAAGAAAGUUCUGCUGCCAGCAAUCAAUAAUGAAAUGAGCCAAGAGGAUUCAUUCGAGUAUGUUCCUCCAAAACCCAAACCGAGGAGGCCCACCACUGCUAAAGCAGCUCUGAAUACAACCAUCAACGUAACAGAGCUGCUGUCACCCAGUGAGGACGAGAACGAGGAGGAAGUGGAAGAGUGGCGUCCUGAGAAAGUUGAGAAGGGACGGAGAGCCUUCAGAAAACCCAAAUUAACUGGGUGUGCAUGCAAAGGUCGCUGCAGCAACAAGCAGUGCAGGUGUCGCAAAGGGAAGAUGACGUGUGGAGAGAACUGCCAGUGCGAUCACGAGAGGUGUCGAAACCUGGACAACCAGGUGACCGCUGAGGAUACUAGCAUUGCAGACAGCAUAGCCAGAGACUCCGCAUCUCUGCAGGACCCGUCCUGUGACAGCCCUGAAAACAGCACCUUCUUCAAGCCUCCAUCUUGCACCCCCACAAAGAAGGUGCUGAAGGAAAUUGGGGACAUGGGCCACAGCACUGCAGAGCUAAAGCUGGUAAGGAAACCUGUCUUGACAGAGGAGGACGAGGGCCAGGAGGACGAUAACGAGGAGGACAGAACAACUAUCAGCUUCCUCAAGAAGAAGAAGCGGCUCCUGACCAGCUUUCAGAACAGCUUCUUCUCAGGCUGCACUCCUAUUAGAGAGGAAUCCUAAUCCGGCCAAUGUCUGGGAUUGUUUUUUUUUUGUUUUUUUUUGUCAGUGUUUGUCUUUGUGAGAGUUUUGGUUGUCUUUUUAAUGUGACUAGUUUGUUGUGUAAUGUAACGUGGAGGUAGCUGUAGAUUUAAAUUCGUAUGUGUUCCUAGUGAGUUACUAAUGAACUUUGAAGAACUUCUAAACAUCUGGGAUCCACAGAGAUGACCAAGAACGCCUGUACAGAACUUUUGUCAUAAUUUCCUUCACUACUAUUAAAAAUCAGCUGAGACACACGCACUGUCUCGGUUAGCGGUCUUUAAACUGUAUGUGGUUUUAUCAUCAGAGCUAAAUAAAGUCUAAAAAUCACAUCUAGAUUUGAACAAUAA